GGCGCAUCCAUUCCUCGAUUGUGAUUUGUUUUGCUGGGUGGACUGCCGUCAAAUGGAAGGUGGUAGAUAUUCGGUUGAUUUGGGUAACCUCCAACGCAAUCGAAGAAACGAGAUUGGGAGGAAGAAAUCCCGCAAAGGUAAAGAACUUGCCGGGUCUUCAUCUCAAAGCCGAGAUGAUUUUGAAACGGGUUACCAAAGGCGAGAUGGAGAUGCGAUGUCCGAAGAACAACUCCAACAAGAAUUGGCCCGACAUAAUAACCGCUUUCUACAACAACAACAAAUGCCGACGACCAUUGACGAAGAGGAGCUUGAGGAUGAAGAUGCGGAGGAAUUGGAACCGGAGACGGCCGAGGAGGAGGGUGCCGGCAGCCAUGACGCCGACGCGCCUGCCUCAUCCCAAACCGCCACCGGUAAUAAAAAAAGUAAGUCUGAACUAAUGAAAAAUAAUUUUGAUAAAUGGAAGGACCCACAAACCGGCUAUUGGCACGCAACUUGCAAGUGGUGCAACAACAAUUAUAGUUUGGGAACCUCCGGCGGAUACGGAUCUGCCGCAAGGCAUCUUAAGGCAAAGCACCCCGUGGAGUAUGCAAAAUUAGGCGGCGGAACGGGGAAGCAAACUCAAAUAUCGAGGUUUGCGAAUUCUCAACAUUUUGGUAAUUUCUCCUACAAUGAUGCACAAAAUUUGACUGGUAUGGCUAACUUAAUUUGUGAAGAAAAUUUGCCUUAUUUGUUUUCUGAAAGUCUUGCUUUAAGAGAUUAUGCACAAGGUAGUUUAAAUCCUCAAUUUAGAAAUUAUAGUCGCAAAACUGUUAAGAAAGAAAUAAUAAGGCUUUAUAAUGCGGAAAAGGUAAGGUUACAAAUUUUUUUUGCAAACUUUGAUGGGCGUGUUACUAUUUGUUCUGACAUAUGGGAGGAUGAUUUUCAUCAUUUAUAUUAUUUGGGUCUGACUGCACAUUAUAUUGAUGAGGAUUGGAAUAUGCAUAAACGUGUUCUUGCUUUUCGUGAAUUUAAUGAUCGUCACACCGCUGAACAUAUUUAUAUUUUGAUUGAGCGUAUUUUAAUUGAGUAUAAUUUGAUUGAUAAGGUGUUUGCUAUUGGUUUCGAUAAUGCUACUAAUAAUACUGCUGCUAUACCUAGAUUGCGUGAGUUGUGUGGUGCCAAUUCUUUGAUGGGUAGAUUUUUUCAUCAACGCUGUGCAUGUCAUGUUAUAAAUUUAUGUGUGCAAGACGGUUUAAAAGCGUUAGGAGAUUCCAUGGAGGUAAUAAAGGGGGGGAUUAGACGUAUUUGGGGUAAUGGUCAACUUAGAUUAAAAUGGCAAAGUUAUUUGACUGAAAGAGGUGUGAGAUAUGUUGCUUUUCCUAAAGAUUUGAGUAUUCGUUGGAAUAGUACUUAUAAAUUACUUAAAGUUGUUCUUAGAUAUAAAGAACAUUUUCCUGCUUUUUUAAAAGAACAUGAUAACUAUAUUAUAAACGCGGCUGAGAUCGACACUUGCUAAAAAAUUUGUAAUGUUUUGAUAUAUUUUUUUAAUGCUACUGAAACUUUUAGUCAUGUUUAUAAACCUACCGCAAACCAAUUUAUUCCACAAGCUGUUAAUCUCGCCGAUGCUUUUAAAGAAUUUCAAAAUGCCGUUUUCAUUCAUUAUUUUUGUGAUCAUAUGAAGGAAAAGUUUUUAAAAUAUUAUGCGCAUAUUCCUCAUAUUUAUGGUAUUGCAUUUAUUCUCGAUCCUCGUUAUAGACUUGCUAAUUUGGAAGAUUGUUUCAAUUUCUAUUAUCUUGCGUUUUUCGGUGAAUUUCCAAUGUAUGACGAUAACCCCAUAGAUCCGAAAACGGAAUACAACGAGGUUAGUACUUUAUUUUAUGCCUUAUUUAAUGAAUUUCGUGCACAAUAUAGCAACGCUCCCCCUCCCCGUCACAAACAUCUUCAUCUAAAGGAAAAUCGAUUUUUAAAUCUGCAUUUGGCAAUCUUAUGAAAAAAACUAAAACAACUCACGUCACUGAACAAAGCGCAUUAAAUGAGAUUACUUUGUAUUUAACAUAUGAAGUUGAUUUUGAAGAAAAUGAAGACUUUGACGUUCUAGACUGGUGGAAGUCAAAAGAAAGAACGUUCCCGAUUUUAGCACGGAUGGCUAAGCAAGUACUAUCAAUGCCGGUUUCAACAGUUGCUGUGGAACAAGAAUUUAGUUCGACCGGCAACGUCCUAACGGCAUCUAGAUCGAGAUUGAGCGCGGAGUCUCUUGAGACGCUUAUAUGCUACCACGAUUGGUUGAAGGCCGCACGUAGAACUCAAGAAUUGAGCAUCACCCCCUCCCAAGAUUUUAUGGAUGACUCAACAACCGAUGGUGGCUCUACCUAUGCCGGAGAUUCCGAUUGAUUAGUAUUUUAGAAUUUAUUACAAAAUGUAUUUUA